AACGUCAGUCACUCUUCGGCGCUCGCGCGGAAGAGUCUGUACGCAUUUACGGACGGGGAUAUCGUUGCUCCCUGCGGUGUGUUUAAAUAUCUCGUAGGUGUUUCUUCGCCGUUCAACCUCAGCGACGACGUGUAUUCGGCUCCGAUCGUGGUGACCAGCACGAUUCACAGGGUGACGCGACACCGCUUAUGGAAGUGUCGCGGGAAAAAAGCCGGUUAGGUGAGGGUUGGAGCCGCGUGUGUUCUCGCCAGUGAAUGUACAUACACGAGUUAUCGUGAGCGAAACGGACGCGUGGGCGGAUUUGAGUAUUCGGCGGAUCGCUACACCAUCGAUACGAGAGUUUCUCCAGUAAACAAGUUAAAUCGGAGCAGCUCUGGUAGUUCGGCGAUUUAAAUCGGAGCAAGUGGAGUAGACGAGAGAAAGAGCGAGAUAGAGAGAGAGAGAGAGAGUGAGUUGGAAUGCGGUAAGCCGAAUGAAUCGAACAGAUAACGGGUCGCGACUCGUGCCGGCGUUUUGACGUUUCGUUGUUCCGGUGGGGUAUAUUACGAAGGAUUCCACGAUCGUUCCACGUAUGAUGGAUGCUGUCGCGCGUGUCUCGUGUACGCGACGCUAUCAAGAACAGACAGAGCGUCGUGCCGGGCAACUAACAACGGCGUUCCAGUGAGUUUUUUACCCUCCUUCUCUCUACGGUCGUGGCGUGUCUUUCGGUGCAGUGGCCGCGUGCUUUUUAUCCAACGAUUGUACUAGCGCCGGGGUGGCACCAGCAACAGUAUAAGCGCCGGUAGUCGGUGCUACGGAGCGGGAAAGAGAGAGAUAGUUCGAGAGAAAAAGAGAGAGAGAGAGAGAGAGAGAUUGCUCUCACGGUUUCGGAGCGAGUGCUUCGGUGGUGUUUGUGUGCGCGCGCGGGGAAAAAGGAAGCGGUUAGCCGUGGUGGUCCCUCUCUUGCGUUCACUUCGUACAGAGUUACCCGUGAGUAGUACCCUCUCGCUCGCGCUACCGGGUGACUCCGACUGGUCAUCCUGGCCCACGGUGACGUCGUGACCGUCGGUGCAUCUUCGAUGAUAAGCACGUGUGCGUGCCACUACCUGCUGCGUGUACGUGCGUGCGUUAGAGUCGCGAGCCGCGUAUCACCGUGCAGUUAGUGAACGCGUCUCUUGGCCGUUUUACCAUCUAAGUCUUUGAGUAUACGAGUACCAACCGCGGUACAGUUUUUAUUUGAGUUUGGGUUCGUUUGGUUCGACGUCGUUUACGUUUGUUUUUUUUUUUUCUGGCUUCUGUUUACUUGUGUCGAGUUCACUCAGUUACGAACGGAUCACCGCCGUAAACAUGGAUAUCCUGCCGAGUGGGAACAUAUUUAGGGAGUUGCAAGACAUACACGACACCGGAUACUUUUCGGCCCAGCCGUCGCUCGAGGAUCAUUGGCAACAGACAUGCUACGAGAUGGAGAGGUACCUGAAGGACGAGCCGAAGCUGCAGUCGUACAAAAAGUUGCCCACAGAGUUGGACACGGCCCCUUGGAACCUCUUCAGGGCGCCGCCAAUCUCGUGGACGGCCUCCACUGGCACCGCAAACGCACAAUUCGAGUCGCCCAUAAAAAUGGAGAUGACGACGCCGUCGGAAGACAGGGAAGCGCUCUGUAUCGACGACAUAAAAUUCAGUCCCAGCGAUCACAACCACAACGGCCGCGAUAGGGAUCUCCUGGACCGACACCUCGAUUCCUUGUCGAUGUCGUCGGCGAGUUCGGCGUGUUCUGCGUUGUCCUGGGACAGCUCGCCCUCCCUCUCGUGCACGGCACUCAUUCUCAAGAAAGAGCCCAGCGAGGAUCUCGAAGAGGAUGAGGAGCACGAGGAAAUCGAAGAGUACGAGGACAGCGGCUGCGAGAGCGAAUGUCAGAUCCUGACGCCACCGUCGAGCCCUGGCUCGGGUCAAAGUCAUUCCAACUCCAGUCACUCGUCGAGCGGGAGUUCGAUGCUCGACGUCCAAAACCUCAACCUUCACGGAACGGGUGGCAGGAGCGCCAUCGUCAGGGUUACCACCAGCAACGCGCAGGGUGUCGCAAGACUGAUCUCCGUCACAGCGAACGGCUACCCUGCGGUCGCAGGCACGCAACACGCACAUGCAGGGACCACUGCAGCUGCGAGCACCGUGGCCAACAGGCACCACGCGAGGAGCCACGAGCACAGUCCGCCUGACACGAAGCGCAGGAUACACAAAUGCCAAUUUCCGGGAUGCAAGAAGGUGUACACCAAGAGCUCGCAUCUGAAGGCCCAUCAGAGGACGCACACGGGAGAGAAGCCGUACAAGUGCAGCUGGGAGGGCUGCGAGUGGCGAUUCGCUCGCUCGGACGAGCUGACGCGCCACUAUCGCAAGCACACCGGCGCGAAACCGUUCAAGUGUCGGCAUUGCGACCGAUGCUUCUCCCGCAGCGAUCACCUAGCCCUCCACAUGAAGAGACACGUGUAAUCGAUCGUUCCCGCGAGCGGUCCUCCACGCGCGUAGCUGUCCAGGACCGACGCGCGAGGCUCCUUCCUACCCCAAAGGGUUCACGAGGACGAUCACCGAGCCUCGACUCCUCGUGACACCAUUUCUUCCACGGACAUACCCUCGACGAUUCAUCGAACCUCGACUCGACGUCCACUGGCACGCGAUCGUGCGGACUCGUCAUGGCGACGAUCGUCUCGACGUCCAACGUGGCGUCUCUAACGGGAAUCGAGGAUCAGGCCAACCGGAAAACGUCCACUUCCGGUGGCAGUCGCGUUCUCUCGAGUGAUAGGAACUGGUCGAAGAUCGAAUCCGUAGCUGCGUUGUUCGGGCCAGAGAUGGGCAGAACUCUUGUCUAGAUAAAAAUCAUGAAUAACGAAUAAAUAAAUUAACCCUUCGAUAAGACUGUGCGUGGAAGGCUCUUUCCCGCGUUGGAUAGGUACAAAUCACCCUGGUCGAUCGAGUACUUUCUGAGUGUACCAGUCAGAGGGUUGAAUCAAAAUUAGAAUUCGAAUUAUAGAGAUAUUAUAUUGCGCGGUGAGCAAACGAAAAUUUGAAAACGUCGCGAGUAAAUUGUUAUUUGUUUUAUUCGUUGUUUGUAAAGGGAAUUUUGCCCGUCUCUGAUCGAGAGUAUAUAUCGGUGGGAUGGGAAAUCGCGAUCGGUUAACGCGUGCUCUUCACCGUUCCCUUCGAGGCAGAUCUGGUCGCAACGGCGGAGAAGCUCCUACGACGAAGCUGGAAAAAUGCUCGAGGGUAUUCUCUGCGCGAUAAGAGAGCGAUCGAGACAGGACCGAGUCGACGACGAUCGCGCAGAGAUCGUAGCCGAUCAGUCGGGGCCUCCCGGGACGCGAGUAACUGGAAACCAGCGCGAGGAGUCUCGAUCGAGACCGAAAUCACUGCCAAUUCAUUAAAUUCUAAGAUCACAGCUACACCGUCGAGGAUUUUCAGAUAUCUCAGAUAACUGGUGUAGGAGAUGGGGAUGAGAGCAAGCUACUAACGAGAGAUGGGCAAAAUUCUUCUCCAGAUGAAUUUCGAAAUAAAAGAUAUUUAAUGGAUUAUUUGUCGAACAGAAAAUCCAAUUAAAAUUAUUGUCAUGAAUAGGAUCUUGUUUGAAUAAUUGUUCCAUCGAGUGGACCCUACGAAUAGGUCUCUGCACUGAGUGGUUAUUCAUCUCCUAUUAUUCAAAUAAAAUGUCGAGUAAUGCAUAAAAGAUGAACACCUUUUCAUUAUUCGUUCAAUGAAAACUUGUAUCAAAGUAUUCGUCAUGAACAAGUAGAAUCAUGCUCGAAUAAUUUUGAUAAAAUGAAUAAUUUCUUUACAAACCCAGUCCAAUGAAUAGACGCUUAUUCUAGCAAGUGCCAGUUUAAUUGAAUACAUCUUUUGAAUAAAUUGUUACACAGAGCUUUUAUUUGUCAUCUGAAUAAGAUUCUGUCCAUCUCUGUCUCAAAUAAAACUGAGUCGUUCCGCGACAACGGUGCCCGGGACUUGUAAGCCGUCUGCCUCCCGUAAAACGGUCGAAUUUUCGAAACUGAGCGCAGUGGCAUGUCGAAAACGUGGAUCGAAAACAUCGAAAGCGAUCUCUGACGCGACGUCGCGUCGAAGGCGUCGCGACGCGUUCGAACGAAAGUCGAGGAGUCCCGGUUCGCGAGGACAAUAAUGCUGUCUGUCGGUGCCAAACGUUAUAUUCCUCUGUCUCACUCACUUUUCUCUCAGACACAUUCACGCGCGUGUACACUAGGGAUGUUAUGUCAUGGCAUGCAUCGAUUUUUUAAAUCAAGAAUCAAUGCUCAGUUUUUCAACCUCCCUUCAUGCGCGGAAUUUCCUUUUCCUUUUCUUCGAGCUACGCGUGAAUUUCGUUCUUUCUUUUUGCGAUAAAAGAAAGCAUUUUUGUUGGAUUUAUUGAAUAUUGUUAAAUAAUUAUUGAAAGAUGAAAUGACAGAGAAUAUUUAUAUUCAAGAUUUAUAGAAUAAAAAAUGUUUCUUAUACAAUAUUUAUAGUUAAUAAUUUCUAAGGGUCGUGAUCCAGUAGUGGAAAACACUAGUCUACUGCACAGUGUCCUCAAAUUCCAUUCAAAGUAUGUAGAAAUACGUACAAAAGCAAUGACUUUUUUAUGAGAAUACUUAAUAUUUCUACAAGUUUAGAUGAAUGAUUUCCCUCUUGAAAGUUAAAAUAAAAUUCACGCAGUAAAUGAUUCAGCAUUCUCCUCAGACAGUACCUACCAAAUGAUUUACUAUUUUUUAAUUCACCCCUAUUGAACAAAUAGCUAUUAAACGACAGCUAAAUUGACACUUAAUUCCUGAUCAACUUUUGCAUAUAAUAUUUUCAAUGCAAAUAUACAAUUCCAAUAUUACAGUAUCCAACUAAUGGCUUUUAAAUCUGUUUCAAGAACAAAAUUAACUUUUUUUUUUAAUCAAACAUUCCUAUUGUACACAAUCUUUCCUCCACUCUAUCUCUGGCGAACAGAGGCUCGCAGGAAAGCUGUUCGCGGCUCGAAAACGUGCACGGCGCGUUCGAGCUUCGAUCUUUCGACAGAGGCUGCAAUAAUCGAAAUUGUGUUUCGUGGAGGCCUGAAACAACGGGACGGGGGUGCGAGAGGGUUACGAGGGGAGUGCAGAAGCGGGACGAGCCGUAAUUGAAUACGUGAUUUCGGCCAGUUUCGACGGAAGCAAAGUUUACCGUGUCGCGCGCUAAUCCCGAAUUUACAGUGCGAAUUACAUAGCGAGGCUCAGCUUCUCCCAAUCACCGCCCCCCCCCCCCCCCUCUUUCUAUUACGCCUAGUUUCCCAGCAGGUAGUUUUGAGAAAAAUUUCGUAGAUUCGACCGCUUUACCACAGAUACGUUCACGAGCGAUUCUCGAAAAAGAAAGAGCCACUUUUGGUCACAGUCUUGGACAAAAUUGUAUUCCACGAUUACAGUUACUCGGCAAUCUCGAUGAUAAUCACGUUUUAACGAAUAAUUGCUAAUCGUGAUCGAUAACGCACGACAACAAUCAGACACGAUUAGCUCUAAACAAUUACAAAUUAAUUAUUUAUGAUUGCAGGUUACAUGUGCAGUUUACGGUUACCGAUUAAUCCGAUUCCGAGAGAUUGUUAGGAGAGUAAUCAUUGUCCGACUGUGGCAAGUGGUGGCAAGACUUUCUCGCUCAGGAAAUCGACUGAUGAAACGGGGUUUCUUUCGCUAGUGGCGCGCGUGUCCAAUGGUUUUUAACAAACACACAGAAAAAAAAAAAACGAAAAAACGGAAUCUGACUUUGUACUUUUGUACGAUUGCUUUCUUAGGCGACGUUCUCCCGUUCGUUUAAUCGCGCGCACGUUCGCGCAGCGACGAAGCGGUGUCGCGCCCUAAGCGGGGGGGAAGAUUCACGUCGGAGGCUCAACAGAAAUAAAUGAAAUAUAUAUAUAUUUUUUAAUAUUCUCGUCUUACUCACCGAAACAAUAUAUAUAUUAUACAUAAGGGACAAAAUAAACGGGCAACAUUCCGCACAAAGCUUUAGAGAACCGUUUCCACGCGUCAGGCUCAGCCCCCCGACCAAGGGUGCGCCACCUCGCUGUAGCGUUCGCGCGAGCGAACGGAGGCCAGGCGGCGAGCGUCGCGACGGCACCGUGUUCCAGGUCACGGACGGGCAGAAUUCCGAAGAAGCUUCGUGUAACGAACAAGAGUCACGCGAUUGCUUGUGCCAUUUACUCGUAAAAAAUCAAAUUCAAAUUGGAUACUAUAGAAUAAAAUAUUUCAAAAUGGAGAAAUUCGAUUCGAAGGAGUUAUACGAAUCGCGAAUAAAUCGCUGCGGAUUGCUUCUAUUCGUUAUCCCAAUUUAUCGAGAUGAAAUUUCGCCCGUAUCCGUGUCCAAGGGACGCCAGCUUCCCGAGGAGUCGUGUUCGCUGAUCGUCGAUCUUCGACCGAUCGACGGGAACGUGGAGUCGCGCGACGAGAUCACGGCGAAUUGGGGUUAACCGUUGGAAGCGUCAGAUGAGAACGAAGAACAGCGGGGGUCGCUCAUCGAACGAGUGGAGAACAAAAUAGAGUAGUAAUAUAGUAAUAAUGAUAACGAUAAUACCGAGAUGCGAGUGGUGAUCGAAAUGUGCGUGGACGGGAGGGGGAGGGAGGGGGGGGGGAGGCGUGUAGGCGUUCUACCGCUUAAGGAGACUAAUCUUACCUGAUGAGGACGAGGUCGGCGUACGCAAAACGAAAGAUAAGAGAAAUGAAACUAAAUUUUAAAUGUUCAGUGGCCAAAUAAAUUAACUGAUAACGCACGUAGAACGUAAACGAUACCGUACCUACUAAGUAAGCCUGACUGACGAGAGUGUCGUUGACGCGGCGUGGGCGCGAGACCGUGUGGCUGCGUGUGUAUAUGUGCGCGCGCGCGCGCGCGUUAAUUCAGUGUCUGCACGUGAAAGGGGGUGCGUCUAGGGGCGCGUGCAUGCGAGUGUUCUGUUUUUUUUUUCUCGCGAGAAUGUGUUCCAAGAGAGAGAAAGAGAGAAAAAGUUGAUUACACGUGGGAGAGAGAAAGUUCGAGGGCGGUGGUUCCAACGAACACAGACGAAUCCGCGGAAGAAGCGACAAGGUGAGAGCAGAACACUAAGUUUGUAUAUUGUGCAAUUUUUGUCAGUGUUUCAUUAUUUGUUACCAUGUUCACGGAUAAUUAUAAAUAAAGUAAAUAUAUAUACGCAGCAUUUACAAGAUUUAGGAUAAACGAGGAUUACGAAAGAGCGAGAGAGCGCGAGAGUGUAUGCGAGUGAAAGCCAGAUGUCUUUUUGAUAGCCAUAUAUUGCGAGUAUCGUGCGGCGUUUCCGCGAGAACGUCCCGACCAGCGCUGGAUUAAGAUUUUGUGGAACCAUGAGGGCUGCUGACACUGCGGGGAACCCAGUAGUGUUGGGGUACAUGUAGUUGUGAUUAAUGAGUUUUGAAAUUCACAAUUAUUUAUUUAGAAUUGCAGGUUACGAAUGGAAUGUAUCAUAUGGUUGCAUAAAUAGUCACAAAAUAUUCAGAAAGUAUUAUAGUCACCACUCUAUUUUGGGUCUCGGUCAAAUUUUGCUAAUGUAGGAAAGAGAUCAAGGUAAAAACUGAUUUUUUUUAUGCAAGAUCAACAGCAAUUAAAAUUUCUUGAAAUACAAUCACCUCAACCACUGUUUCUUCAGUUCGCGCGACCUAUCGACUCGAGUGGUCCGUUUCAGUUUGACCAGUUCCAGGAACAAGUUCUCAAUCUCUGUUCAUAAUACCCGAAAGUUCCAUUUUGUCUUCAAGAAAGAAAACAAUACUCAUAAAUGUAACAAUUCAAAUGUAACAUAAAGCUUCAAUUCAAAGCUACCUUCAACAUUACAGCAUGGAAACAAUUCCAUUAAUUUUUGAGAGUCUCUGGACUAUAGCCCCUGAAAUCCUCAAUGCCUUAAUCCGGUCCUGGCUCCGACCACUCUUUUUUCUCUAUAUUUCUUUCUGUUUCUUCGCUUCUGGUGGACGAGGUGAAACGCAAACACGAAAACGACGUUUGUCGUCAGAGACAUACAAAAUUUCUAUCUAGAUAAAAUGUCGAAUAACGAAUAAAAGAUAAUUUCUUAUUCGUUACUCGUAGAAUAACAAUUAGAGUUUCUAUUAUGAAAUGAAAUAUAUUUAAAUGAAAAUUUUGCUGUCUGAUCGAGUAAACAUCACGAAUAAAUUGAUGUAUAUUGGUUUUAUUCGUCAUCCGUUAUUCGAAUGAAAUUUUGCUCGUCUUUGGUCGUCGCUGGAUCGCGGCGAAAGGUCGAGUUGACGAGCGAUUCGGGUUUGGGCGACGAGCGUUUCGUGCAUUUUCAUCUUGGCAACCAAAACCCUGUAGAUAUAUUAUAUACAUACACAUAUAUAAAAUAUAUAGAGUGAUUCAAUAACUAUUGUGGUCUGAAGUAACUUGGUGUUUAUUGACUUUUAGAAAAUCUUGUUCGUAUAAUAUAUGUUGUAUUUGAUGAGAGGCACAUGAAACGAAAGCUGCAAAUUUUUUCUGGAGUAGUCAGAUUCUAUUAGUUCAGAGCACAGUAACUUGUCUUUAACGAUUGCCAAUAAAUGUUAACCACUACUAGUGUAGUAUAGUUUGCAAUCCUUUCGAAUACAAAAAUUCAUGCAAAUAAUGCAUGCUUGCAUUAAUAUGCAAAAUACUAAAAAAAAAUAUAUGCAGGAUCAUACGAUGAGCCCCGUCGAACACGACAUAUUUUAUAACAAAACAAUUUUUCCCUUGAUCGAUAAAUAUCAAACCUACUUCAGAUGGCGAUAAUUAUCGACUCGCCCCGUAUGUUUGACGAACGUUCGAACGAAAGUGAAUGCGAGUGCAUUGUUGCAAACUCCGAGAGACGCGAAAUAAAAAAAAAAAAAAAAGCAGACGAAACAGGAGCGACAGAUGCACGUGUAAUUAAGCAGCGGGUAAUAGAGCGAGAGAGCGGACACCUUAAGAACUAAUAAAUGGUAGUUAGAAGUUUAGAUAGAUAGAUGGAUAGCUAGACCGUUAGAUAGACACCUUAGAUAGGCAGACAAAAUAGAUCAACGGAGAGGGGAAAGGAGAACGAAAAGGGGUUUUGGGGAGGGGUGGGUUGGGGCGGGGGGCAUCGGGUGGUGUUGAAAAAAAGAGUUAUUAUAUAUAAAAAAAAAAAGUCUAUAAAUAUAGAUAGGUGGAUAUACAUAGAUAGAGGUGUAAGUACCUAAGAAAAACUCUAAGGAACCUUUUAGAAAGAAGCUGUAUCGUUGUACGAUAAGUGGACAUAAGUGUUUUAUGAUACUCCCGUACAAUAAGGUCGAGGUGAACGGUGAGGAGCAAAGAUACUACGAAUAUUCCGGAACGUAAGGGAAACGAUUAAGUUGGGGGAGAAGAACAAAAAAUGUUUAAAAACGUAUACAUAUAGAGGAGAAAACGAAACUAUGGGGGGAGGGGGGGGGGGUGGUAAAGAACGAACGACAGACGCGUUCGUAGCCCGACGGAUAACACGGAACGCGCGGCACGAUUGUAAUUGUAUUACUGUGGUCUAAGCUAUUUUCAGUCACGUUGUAUAGUAACUGUAAAUUACAGGACUUUAAGUGGUUAGCGAGAAAGAUAGCGUGUGCGUGUAAGGAAGAGCGAGAGCGAAUGAGCGAAUGAGUGAGCGAGAGGAUGGACCAGGAGGAAAAGAGAAACGACAGGAAGGAAGAAACGAAACGCGAUCAGCAUAACUUCGCAAAAUGAAGGACGAUGAGGGAGUAUUGUACGAAAUGGUAGGGAAUGGGGGGUGGGGGUGGAAAUAGUGGAUUGCUGUCGUCGUCGAAUUUUGCGAAAUUGUACAGAAUUCUGACGGGGAAACGAUCUAGUUACGCAGAGGUCGUGAGGAGGGAUGAAGAGAGGAAUUGAGCUUCUGGAGAGUAUACCUUACGGCGUUUCAGUAGCCGGUUAGAUUUCACAAACGGAAGUGGAUAUUCGUUGCUGAUGUAUUGUCAGGGGCGUGAGAGCCGAGGGUGUUAAGCUAAUUAACAAUUAGAGCGGUGCAAGGUGAUCGUCGUUGGCCAUUGGAGGCUUUCGAGUACUGUACCAUACUUUCUUAAUCUCUUCGUGCCAUCAUAUCGUUUUUUCAAUGCACAUAAUUUAUGUUAUAGUAGCAACUGUGAGCUUUUACUUUAUCGAAUUAAUUAUUAUUUACUUCUGUCUCAUUCACGAAAUAAUUGUACAACCUCGAAAGUUAGCGGAUCAAUACAAUUAUUAUAUCUUACUUCAUCUUUAUUUUCUCAAUUUUAUAACUUGCGCCAUAAAAUAGACUAAUGUGCAUCGAAAGAAAAAAAUAAUAUUCAUUGUAUCUAGGUGCGAGCACGAAAGGGGUUGAAAAGUACUCGAAGAACAUGUGUUUAUCAUAAAAUUAUUUCCACAAAAAUUGUUCUUCUUUUACACAUUUGAAACGAUUCCAAUCGCUUACAUCGAGGGAGAAUUUAUUUUUCCCUGGUUGGUUAAAACAGAUUUCCAUUGUCCGCGAGCCUUGCAUCGCACCAGAAUAGGGGUAGGAAAUUUGAUGCACUAUGAACUGUUAUUUUUCGGAAAUAUCAUCGUUAGAAAAGAUUUAACUAACUAACGAAAGGGAAACUGAUCGGAGCACCACCGUACAGGGGAUGGGCAAAAUUGUAUUCGAAUAAUAGAUGACGAAUGAUCUAAACGCACAUCGAUUUGUUCGAUUGAACACCCACAAUUGUAUUUAUAUAAUAUUCUAACUGAAAUUCUAAUUUUUAUUCAGCGAGUAGCACUUUUAUUUGUUACCCGAACUUUGUGUCUAGUUGAGGUACAAUAAUUUUGUCCAUCUCCGCUACCGUAGGCUCUGUCAGGUUCUGUGUGAUAAAGUUUGAGUGAGAAUACAAGCGAAAGAUAGUAGAAUUGAAAACGAGAAGAGGAGACGGAAGCACACGGAAGAACGAAAUGAGGAACGUGUGAGGGGCGCUGUAGGUGAACGCACGGUGACGAAAAAGUGGAGAGAGAGUGUGACAUUUUAGAGGAAGAGAGAGAGAAAGAGAGAGAGAGGGAGAGAGAAACAAAGUAAACAAAGUCGAGAGACACCUAUAUUUUUAAAAAGUGACCUUUGGCAUUUAAAGACUUAUAAAAAUCGUGCAACGAGUUAAGUAAAACAAAGAACAAACAAAACCACGAGGGCGCAGUGUAUUAAGAGGCGUCCGUCCUUCUCCGUGUCUCUAUUUCAUCUCACACGAUGCACACAUCAACAGAAACACACACACACACAUGCCACGCAUAUAAGGGAAACACUUGGAAGAAUAAAAUGAAGCCAAAAGAAUCACAAGCCGUGGGGUAAAUUCGUUUAUUCUCACUGUACAUUGUGUUAUUUUCACUGUACAACACACCGACGCGAAUCUUUCGACAACACAUACGUAUGCAUACGUAUACAGCAGAAAGCGUGGCCACACGCUCGAGAAAAAUAAAUUCAAACGAGGAUCGCCAUUCGUACGCAGCUGUAUACGGUUGUGCUUGGUUAAAUGAGAAAAUUUCGGAUAUAUGAAAAAAAGAUUAUCUACCCCACUGUUUCUGUUUCCUCGACUCGAGCAACCCGCAGCGUUGCUAGCAAGACAUGGUCGAACUACAAAGCGGUGCUACACGCGUGUGGAUGCGACAGUCACUGAUGCAAACGAAAAACUUUUCUAUUUCUUAUUGUUGUUUUGUGAAAGCGGCACCAACGAGUUGGUAGAGGCUUUUCAUUGAAAAUGAAACUGGACAAUUUUUUUAACAGGGACCUUCAAUGUGAAUGUAUCGUAAAAGCAAUGUAGGCACAUUAUUGUAUUAUUAUAAUUACUAAAAGCUUCGUAAGAAUAUUAAAUAGUUAAAAUUGUUUGAUAUUGGCAUCGCUCUGAUCAUCAUUUUAGAUACGACAGAAUAUCGCGAGUAAAUAACGUAGCAAUGGCAAUCUAUUUACUUUUGCAUUAGUGACUGCCACGGCAGACCGCGCGAGGCACCGUUUUGAAGUUCGGUACCCGAGCACAGAAUAAUAUGAGUCGAUUGCAGUACUGCUCUGACUCUCAACGUCGGAUGGUCGAUUCCUGGAAUCAAUUCGCGACCAAACCCGACUAAUUGAGAAUUUCCAGUGCCGAUGUUUCUCAUUUAAUCGGGCGCCGCUGCUCCCGUAUUUAUGCGCGUCUGGGACGACGAGGACGCAGGGUGAAAACGGGGAGAAGAGGGACAACGGUGAAAGGAAUCCGACGAUUGGAGGAAAGACGAAAUGAAUUCGAUCGCGACCAACGGGGGAGAAGGAUUUGGGAGGGUAAAUUGGAGUUGGGGAGAGAGGCAAACAAUGCAUUCCGUUAGAAACUCGCUUUUCACGAGGUGCACGAGAACCGAGACGACGAUUCGACGUCAACGAAUCGCCAUGUCGUCGGUCUACCUCGAGGCCUAACAAAAAUGGAACCGAACGAUUUCGGCACGUGACUCGAUCUUCGAGGCGGUCGCAGCGAGACCACCGACACCCGCCCCUGCAGACUGUUUAAUUUCCAAUGGGUCCGUGGGGUGGUUCGAAUGAGGCUGGCCGUCCGAAAUCGAUCUAGAAAAUGGAAAACCAGCCAACAGUCACCGCAUAGUCACUAUUGUCAUCCAACACAAUUCAUUGGUAGGGUAUAUAGUAUUUUUAGGGAUUUUAUACAGGCAUGCGACAGCGCUCUAUGUUUUAGCCACGAUUAACUAUCGAUUAUUGACGUUUCUUCUCGUACGUAAAACGAACGGUGUGUUUUAGGUAUAGUAUAAUUACAUUACGCGAAUGGAGUGCGGCUGGGAACUUACGAGCAGAGACUGGGCGAAAUUUCGAGUAACGUAUUAAAGCUGAAACAUUGUUCGAUUCGUUAUUUGUUCGAUAGAAAUGAUCAAGUCGAAUUAUAUUUCAUGUUGCACGAGUGUAAACUUCUAGACGAUUAUUCGGUCGAAUGAACGUUUUUAUUUGUCUACCGUUCGAAUAAAAUUUUGCCCAGCUCUGAGCGCGAACGAGUGGUCGGUUUCGUGUGAUUCGUGGGAAAAGAUGAGACUGUUGAGAGUAGGAAAAGAGAUCGGGUUGCUGUGCGAAUGGAAGCGAGAGUGUGAUAAUUUUUCUGGAAUUCUGUACCUCGUUGUGUAUACAUCUCUAUUUGUAUAAUUGUGAAUAUUAACGUAUUAUGAUAAUGUGAUUUAUUACGUGUGAUCCUGCGCGCUAAAAGACGCGGAGAAACUUUAAGCGAGUAUUUUGUAUUACGACAAUGCGGAACGAUGAAAACAAACACUGGUGCGCGUGCUUGAAAGCCGGAGAGAACGAGAUUGAGCGUGAGGAGAGUCUUGUAAUCGCAGCUUUUUUUGCCGCCAUGGAAUAUUAUUAUAAUAAACGAAGAAUGCGCUUGCGCAGCCGUCGCUCCUUUCUCUCGACGUAAUUUCUUCUUCUACUACUUCUUCUUCUUAUACUUAUUAACAGCGCGUCUGUCAUAUCCUCGAUUUUUCACCGAGGUGAACGAUAAAACGUUUGACGUAAUUAACAAACUCGCUGCCACGUGUUACAUAUGCGUGCUGACGAUUUUAAAUUUCAUGUAAGUGUAAGCAAAUGAAGCGCGCAUUGGUGGAACAGUGUCAAAAUGUGCGACGUGUUCUGAAUAUUGAGUUGACCUGGUUAACCCUCUACUGUGUGUGAAUUUUAUUUUACCUUUCGAAACAGGACUCAUUCUUUGCUUAUACGUAUAUUCGUAGAUCACAUAAUAUCCUAGUUAAUUUUUGAAAUAUGUCUAUAAAAGAAUUAUUAUGAGUAAAUCUUUCAAAAUUUUCUUAAUGAACUUUAAAACGGUUACUUUCUUAAUUAGACACAUUUCAUAAUAGAGGGUUGCUACGUUAUAUUUGAAAGCCAUACAUGAAAUUUAUACUCUUCCUAGGGUGGUCCAACACCCUUAUCCAGAGCCCUGAACGAUUGGUUACUAUGAUCAUGAACCAUCGCGAUAUUCCCUAAUUUAUUGUUCAGGGUCUAUGGAUGUCUUUUCGAAAAAAGGGGCUCGAAAUUCGUCGUUCUCGGCCACGAAGGACAACCUUCGAGGCUAUCGAUCACUUCGUCAAGAAAACAUCACUCGACACCGCUCUUCUUGGGGCUGUCCAGCGAAAGUUGACGCAGGAUUUGUGUCGAGCCAUCCCCAACCUCCUCCGCGAGAAUGUCCGCCCUUGUAUCCCGUAGGUCGAUGUAAAAGAUCGUGGCAUUUUAUUUCUAACAGAAUUUUCUUUUGACAAAAAUAGUUUGCCCAUGUGGUAUUGUUUGAUAACUUGUUCAUUAUAUUUUAUUUAGUUCUUCGUGCUUUAUAUAAAAGGCCAACCAUUUACACUUAUAAUUAAAAGUCGAAGUGUUUAAACAAAACACACAUCAACUAUGCUUACUUCGCUGAAUAUAUGACUAAGAUUCCUCGUCAUUCAAUUCGAACCUCCAGAAAACCACAAAAUACAUAAUACACCUAUCAAAUGAUACAAAACCCAGUAAAUUAUUCUUUUUAGAACAAAAUUCUGUUGUUAAAAGUAAAAUGGCAGUCAUGCAUCAGCCCACGAUGUAAGCCUGCGAGUAUCAAGAUAGCCCGUCGCUAGAGUGGGCUCUAAAAUAAAAAUUUAGGCGAGGUUCGAUCGAGCAACACGACCAGAAGCUAUUCAUCAUCGAGACAGUAUUGUAUACGAUUACUAGAGAACCUGUACCUCGACGACUAUCGUAAGAGAGCACGGAAAAGUGCGGCAAGACGGAAACAGAAAAAUAGAAACGACAUCCUUCCAGUAAUAUCGGGACUAAUUUACACAAUUGCGACUAUCGAAGGUCGGAGACACUUUACGCUGAUUUCAAAUUCUCCGAAGACUCGACAUUUUGUACAACGGAGUAGCGAGCUCGUGCAACGAGUCUAGUAGGUGAUCACAUGUGAUAUUUGUAUCGGCUAUUAUUAUAAAUAUAAAUAUAAAUAUAAAUAUAAAUAUAAAUAUAUAUAUAUAUAAAUAUAAAUAUUAAUGUAAAUGUUAAUGUAUAUUAGAGUACUCCGUUAGGAUUACUGAUAGUAGUUAGGUGGAAGGAAAGCCCAUGGAAGAGACGAGCAGGUCGUGAAAAAGUGAAAGAAAUAUGUCUCCCACCGAAGAAAGGUGCGUUCUCGCUCUGGAAUCAACGCCUAAUUACACUUUACGCGUACGCAGGCCUACUCGUACGAUCAUCUCGAAGAAACACGCGAGAUUCGAACCGACAAAAGACGAAUAGGGCGACGGCACGAACACGCGGAGGAAUAACGAGCGGAUGCCUCGAAAUCCUUCGACACGAGAUCCUAUAAUUUUCUGCUACAAGGGAGCACCAGAGAGCAAUGAGCCGCUUCUGCUCUUCCAAAUGCCCUGGAAGAAAGAUCGAACACCUCCAGAUUUAUUUCAGAGAGGUACCUGGGGAACACCUGUCGAGGGUACCCUUGGUAUCGACAGGUCGCUAUUUCGCGUUCCCACGCUGUCCUUUGACAAACGCCAUUUUAUUGCACGGAGAUGUCCUUAAACUUUUGACGAUUGGUCCUGAACGUUCAGAUUGGGUAGCGAGCUUAAUCUUCUGCACUUCGAGAAUUAUUUUUCAUGGGUUUCGUGAGGAAUUAAUUUUUUUUUUUGGCAUCGUUAAUCGGUGAAUCACCUGUUUACUGAAAAUGUUUAUUAAGAGAUUCCUGAAACUAGAUUGAUGAUUGGUAGCUUAAAAUAGUAUUCGUACGAGAAGUCACAAUCUCCGAGCUAGUUGCUGAUUUAGUAUUUUCACAUUCUUCCAAGGUAGACAGUCUCCGCGAUGUCCAAGCAAAAUUCCAAACGUGGCACCUUCUGUAAACCAUUCGAAUCAAUAUUGAAGGAUAACGUCGAGCAUCCAAUGAUACUAACAUCCUCGUCCUAUCCAAUCCUACGAGCCUGUCAUUGGGCACUAGCCAACGGGACGAAUCAGCCAAUCAGCGUCUCGUCUUUCUUUUCUUCUUCUUCUAUUUCUCGGAUUCUUCGCUUCGUUUCCGACUUCGCGUCGAGAUUGGACAGCAGAGACGGGCAAGUUUUAUUCGAACGAUAGAGGAUCAUUGAGAAUACGCUACUUUGAUUUUUUUAAUUGGACAACUCCUUUGAAAAAGUAAAAGUUUUUUUAGAUACCACAAGGUCAAGGAAACGUAACUAGUGUGACAAGAACAGAAGUCGAUUUAUUGGAAUUGAGAAAAGGCAUCAGCUUGUUAAAAUUUGAUUCGAAUAAAUUGAUUUUUAGAGAUCAAAGAAGUGUUCCUUUUCUCUUGAAAUGCUUACUUGAAGAUUUUGCCCGUCUCUGGUGAACAAUGACGUCGCGGGGGAGGGAACGAAUCGGAGCCAGAGGAACUCGCGUAUGAGAGAAAGCUCGCGACUGCGUGCACGCGCACGAACAACAAAGAUGUACAAAGAAGCUGAAAGACCCGCGACGUGUGAUGUGCUGGAUGCAUGUGUGAAUAAGAAACGUGAAGAAGCAUCGAAAAAAAAAACACGAUAAAACGCGAAAGAUAUCGUUCUUGCAAGCAAAUAUUUAGUAUUCGUCGACAUCAUAAGAAAACUUUAGUCAGAAAUAUUUUUGACAUGGCCAUCUUCUCAUCUAACAAUUAUUUUAUCCUCUGCAAUGUAUGGUGAAACGAAUAUAGUAAGCGGAUUCACGAUUAAUGUACAAAAUACACAAUAUUUUUUCACAGCCACGUUUCUUCUAAGAUUUGAUUAUCACAUCAACGAAUAUUAAAUAUUUGCUUGCGGAACGUGCAACUGUCGUUUCUUUGCAAACAUUGGCAAGCAUAAGAUACUGUUGCUUCGAAAACGAGAGAGAUUCUACAAAGAGAAACAAGAAAACGACGAGUAGAAGGGUGCAACGCGUUUUGUUUAGGAUGGGUUCACGCAGAAUUUUUACAGAAAUUAUUUACUCCGCGCGGAGAGACUUGAUUACAACCUUUAUAUAUAUAUAUAUAUUAUUAAUAUCGCUACUCUAUGAUUAAAUAUUGUAAGUACCAUUUUACCGCAUUGUUCUUUAAUUUUAACGUUACUUUACCGUAUCUGUUCGUUGUACAAAGGAAAAAGCCAAGAUUAAACUAAAGGAUCUUAGCUCGCGAACGAAGAGGAAUCCGAGCUGAUUAUUUGUAAGGACGCUAAUUAAUAUUUGAAUUAAUCGAUCGAUGAUGCGUUAAGCAACCGUAUGUGGAUGCUGUAGGAGGAUAGCUCGACGUUAACGUGAGAGAGAGCGAGUGAGAGAGAACGUUCUUCCUGCGUACCUUUGCGAUUAAAAACAUUCUUAAUUCGAUAUGUGUGCACUAAAUCGCUGAUCGAUCGAUGGGAAACGCGCCGAUUGCUGGGUGACGACGUCGCGACGCCGUUUCCCUUGGGGUCAAGGAAUAUUUGAAAAGGCCUACACGGAACGAAACCUUAAUUCUCGUUAAAGUUAAAAUUAUACAUAGCUUGUGGGGAUAAAUGAAAUCAAUGUAUUUGAAGUCGAUGCAAGCAACUUCUCAAUAUUUGUUAGAGACGUUUUCAACCCAUAACUUUCGAAUUGGAAAAAUAACCUAUUCGAACUUAAUGGUAAUACAUUCAAUUUUGAUUUUAAUUCUUAAGAAAGAAUUAUUACUUAACAUAAUUGUGGUAAAAUUUAAAUUAGGAAUCGAAAACGUUUUGAAUAAAUAAUUACAUUAGAUAUCUCAAAUUUUUAAAUGUAUUGAAUCGACUUAAAACUCAAUGAAAUUUCUUUACUUUGAUUGUUUCGGUGAACGUCCACGGUCAGUCAUGUGAUCUUUGACGAUCCGUUCCGUUUCGAUCGAUCGAUCGUUGCCGGAUCGAGAGGGACGUUACGCGUCGCUCCCCACCGCGAUUCCCAUCGAUCCUAAUUGUUGUCUGCCUAGAGAUUUUUUGCGUUCACGAACGGCGCACGCUUUUUAUUCGGCUAACGGAGCGACCGGGCCGGCCGCGCUUUGUAAAUAAUUCAUUAAUAAACGAAUUUCUCAUCGUGCUUGAGUGAGCUUGCUUUCAACUAGAGCCCCCCAUUUUACGUGUACGCUUACGUGUGCACCGUGUCAGACCGUCAGUCUUUAUUUUACGUGAAAUACGAGGCAUAAUCAUCUGCUUGUGUUCCUUCUGAUGAUUUUCACGGCUGCGCGUGUAUUUUGAUACACAGGGUACGCGUUUAGGCCCUAUUUUCCACGGAGAAGUCUUUCGAGGAUUCCCUGCCGCGACAUCUUGGAAGGAGCAGAGAAUCGAACCGAUAGAUGGAACGAAAUUAAUUGGCCGCUCAAGGUCACUUUCAAGGAAUAGAGGUUAUGACAGGAUGACAGAUGGAGACAAUGCAUUUGAAUAAUUUUUAAAAACUUGUUUCUCAUUAUGAAAUAAAUAUUAGAUCCUCUGUUGGUCAUUAUUAGAAAAUUAUUGUACAAUGUUUCUUUUAAUAUCUAUUACAUCGAAUUUUUAGCUCGCAGUGGCCUCGAGCAGUCAUUUCAUUCUGUUCAUUACUGGUAGCUGUCGUUACGCGAAGAAAAAGUCGACGACUGACAAGGAACAUCAAUUAGUUGCAUCAAGUCAACUUUUAUGAAACCAUAAAGGUUUAAUUAUGGGUGAUCCUUACAAGAGUUUCCACGAUCGAGACUAGUGUAGUUCAAUUUGUUGAUAGUCAAAUCUGUUUCUAUCGUUUAGUAGGAUCCUAAAUUAGGUAAGAAUUAGCGCCUGAGCCGGCCCAACAGCUCUUAUCAGCGAGCGUUUCCUUCGUGAUGGAUGUUAGGGAUGGGAUGGAGUUCAAGUACAUCAAUGUUUGAAAGUAUCAAUAUUAAUAUAUAGAUCCUGUCUCACUUUGAGGUUCGCUGUGAGUUAGCAAUUCAAAGAAGUGGCGUGGAGAGUCCCGCGACAUUUACUGCUUUUCUUUCUGAACAUUUUCACAGAGGAUUCGAAUCUAUUCUGUCAGAAUUGGAUGCUAUAAUACUCGAUCCCAUCGCUAACAACCGCCUCGUGUUCGUUCAUACGCAGAAUUUUUCGUCGCGAUACAGUGGUUGGUCAUGGACGCUGAGCAUUUCAGCUCCCUGGCUACAAUUUCCGGGAAUAGUCGCAAAGGAGCAAGGGAAAUUGGGUACUUUCGGGACAGUCUGGCAUUGCCUCUCAUAAGAAUGUUACUAUCGUCGCUUCGCGUAGAUCCCGCGAACCGUGGAAUGAUCGGCUUACUCUGCAUCGUGACUACCCUAUUAUGAUGGUAAUAUUUGUUACGAGAGUGUGUUAAGUGUCAGCGUUAUCGCGAAGCGUGCGUCUCAUUCGAUUAUAAUCAAAAUUCGUCCGAGGGAUCACUCUCGACGUGUGAGCGAUGAAAAGUUUAGGUGUAGUGUGACGGCACAGAAAAUGUUGCUUUAAGUUUCUCUGUAAUAUAUUGUAGAACAUAUGUGUAAUAUAUAUUUUAAUUUUUAUUUUAACUUUAAGAUUAAAUUAAAUUGAAAUUAAUGUAUAAUAUCAUUACUAUCAUUAUUGCAUUGGGGUUUGCAUUGAGUAUUCGAAGACGUCGCCAGCUUUCGAUUGGAGAACCCACGGCCGUGGAACCAUCAACAUCCUGUGUGCAGAGACGGGCAAAAUUUUAUUCUAAUGAUAAACAGGGUCGCAACUUUUGACAACACACGGAAAGAAAA